GGGGCGUGGCGGGAGGACUGACGUCAUCCACCCGGCCGGAGUGAGCGGAAGUAUUUGAACUCCAUGGUAAGUGUCGUGAGAGGGUGGAGUUUACAGGACCGUUAUCCGCCAUCUUACUGGAGGCAGGUCAGCCAACGAGAGGAGACGCCGUCAGGUUUGGGGGUGACCCCCGUGUCUCCGCAGAUCAUGUCCACGCUGUUCCCGUCGCUCUUCCCACAAGUCACGGAGUCGCUGUGGUUUAACCUGGAUCGGCCGUGUGUGGAUGAGAACGAGCUCCAGCAGCAGGAGCAGCAGCACCAGGCCUGGCUGCAGAGCAUCGCAGAAAAAGACAACAACCUGGUGCCGAUAGGAAAGCCUGCCUCCGAGGUUCGGGGUCGUUCUCAUGCUGCCGUACCAUUCCAUGUAGUAGUAACGGCGCCCCCUUGUGUUUGCCAGCCUUACGACGAGGAGGAAGAGGAGGACGACGAGGAUGAUGAGGACAGUGAGGAAGACUCUGAGGAUGACGAGGACAUGCAGGACAUGGACGAGAUGAAUGACUACAACGAGUCUCCAGACGACGGCGAGAUUGAGGCCGACAUGGAGGGAGCGGAGCAGGACCAGGACCAGUGGAUGAUCUGAGGACCCGCACCGGACAUGGGGGAGGGGGGGGGAUCCCCGGUAUUUUGGGGCUGACUGUUGUAUUUCCUGUGAUGUGCUGAUAUUUAUUGAUUCUACAAUAAAUGUUUAUGGUGUUUUUUA